UUGCUCGACGGGGCUCCGGGCCAACCUGCACGCGAGGGGCCGCCGGCUCCUUCCCACAUCGCCGGGCUUGCUCCAGGGUCUCGGAUAUGGACUUUCUUCAGUUCCUGUCCUUCCUCUUUGUCUUGCUGCUCUCUGGGACAGGAGCCACAGGCACCCUGAGGACUUCUCUGGACCCGAGCCUGAAGAUCUACAGGAAGAUGUUUGAGGUGAAGCGGCGGGAGCAGCUGUUGGCGCUGAAGAACCUGGCGCAGCUGAAUGACAUCCACCAGCAAUACAAGAUCCUUGAUGUCAUGCUCAAGGGGCUCUUUAAGGUGCUGGAGGAUUCCCGGACAGUGCUUAUUGCUGCCGACGUCCUCCCAGAUGGGCCCUUCCCCCAGGAUGAGAAGCUGAAGGAUGCUUUCUCCCAUGUGGUGGAGAACACUGCUUUCUUUGGCGAUGUGGUGCUGCGCUUCCCGAGGAUUGUUCACCACUACUUUGACCACAACUCCAACUGGAACCUCCUUAUCCGCUGGGGCAUCAGCUUCUGCAAUCAGACAGGCGUCUUUGACCAGGGGCCCCACUCACCCAUCCUCAGCCUGAUGGCCCAGGAGCUGGGAAUCAGUGAGAAAGACUCCAACUUCCAGAAUCCAUUUAAAAUAGACCACACAGAGUUCAUUCCCAGCACCGACCCUUUCCAGAAGGCCCUGAGAGAAGAAGAGAAACGCCGGAAGAAAGAGGAGAAGAGGAAGGAGAUCCGAAAAGGCCCGAGGAUCUCAAGAUCCCAGUCUGAGUUAUAGCCCUGGUUCAGCUCAGGGCUCAAGGGACCAGGAAGAGGCCAGUCAGGAGGAAGAGGAGGCGGUCAUGUGGUUGUGGUGUAGUGGCAUUGGGCCAUGGCGGUGAGCACCAGCCCCUUCCAGAUGGGGAGGCCACAUUUGCUUGGCCCCCAGGAGCUGGGUCUGAGCCCCUUCUGAAGGGACUGAGCCUCAAGGGGCUGGAUCUCCUCCCAGGGCAUCCCUAGAGGGUGCGCCAAGGGGGCCUUUUGAGGACACUGUGCUGCAGACUUGACUCUGUGGAGACUGCUGGGGGAGGCAGGAAGGGGCCCUCCUGGUGGGUUAGGACUGCUGCCCCUCUGGCUGCUGCCUUUUGUGGGGAAGCAGCAGAACCAGGAUCUGAGCCACAGCUGAAGGUGCAAUGCCUACUGUGGGCCCCACUGUGUCACUGAGCAACCCAGCAUACACCCCAGCCCCUCUGCAGAGACACAAUAAAAGUCAGCAAACUUUGGGCUGACUGAGGCUGGUGAGGGGGCUGUGAGCAGAUCAGGGGCCCUUUGAGAUGUGGAGACCAGCUUGGAAGCUGUUCCCACCUCAUCAGGAGGAGCCCCAGGCCCUGGCAGGGCAGAGAAGCAGGAACUUGGCUUAGGCCUCCUGUUACUCCUUAGUACUAUCCUCAAUGAAGGAUUAGUGUUGAGAGGGGACCCAGAAGUGUCCUGGGAGGAUUUUGAGCCCAAGAAGACCUUGGAAUAAUGUGAUUUCUGUCCUCAGAUAACUGGGGGCAGUCAUUGAACAGGCGUGGAGAAGUCAACUUGCCUCUCUGGCAGUGCUGGAAGACUCGACUUGUGGGUGGGGGCUACAGGGGGAGAGGCUGCAGCCCUGCAGGAGGCUGUGCUUUGUAAUGGCAGGGCUGCCCUGAGCUGGAUUAGUCAGAGUGAGCUCCCUGUCUCAGGAGGUGUGCAAGCAGAGACCCAUGGCCACAGGGCAGAAAAGCUGCAGAGGGAGUUAGAUACUGAGUGGGCAGUGUGUUUUUCUGUGGAACCAGGUAGGCAGCUACCCUUUAGUCAUGACCUUCGCAAGCAGAGGAGAGAGGGGCUCCAGUGGGAAUUCUAGCCUGCCUUUUUGACCUUGCCAAGCCAGGGUCUGUCUCUUAAAGGGCAGAGACACAUAACCAUCUGUAGACUCCCUGCCCCCAACCCCCCGCCCCCUACCACUGACACAGCCCAAGUGAGACCUGAGUCUUAGACCAUCAUACUUACAUACUGACCCUGGCCCAGCCCUUCCCUUUCCUGUGCUGUGGCUUCAUUGGCAAAAUGAAUUUAAUGAUGUCUGGACCCCCUGUCUGGCCCUAAUCUGCUUCUUUGAGGUUAUUAACCUUCCCUGUUGGCCAGGGCAGCAAAGGGAAGCCUGACCUUAAGGAGGCCUCGUGGAAGGGCCCAGAACAUCCUGCACCCCAUGACUUACUCAGAAGAAGUAAGGGGACAGCUGGAAGAGAGCUGGAUGUGGCUGGGAGGAGGGCUGAGGAAGUUUUCCCAUCAGAACUGCCCACUAGCCACCCAGUCCCCCUCACUGGGCAGGGGAGGCAGGGGCUAGGUGGUGGGACUGACUUGGCAGACCUGGGCUCCAUCUCCAGCACUGCCCCUCCCUGUCUGUGUGACCCUGCCACAUUUCUGUGAGGAGUACAUAAGAUGGUGCACACUAGAGUUUGUGAACUGAAGGGCUGUACUAUGAGAAAAGGUCAGAUUCACUGGAUUAGCUGUUUAACCUUUCCUGGUGCUAGCAAGUGGAGCUGGGGAUCAGGACCAGCCCCCAGGCUCUUCUUGUCCUCUUCAAGCUGGAGAUGGGUGGUUGCUGACUUUGCAGGGAAGGUGCUUAACUGGAGAAAAAACUUUCCAAGAACAAGGCCUGCUUGGCAGUGGACCUAGCUUUCUUGGGGUGGCAGGGAUGUUAAAGGAUGCCUCAGGAUAGUGCAGAGGUGGUUCUAGCUUUGGCUGGGGGUCCCACUGAGUGACUUCUAGGGGCUCUGUCAUCAGCAGGAUUUUCAUAAUUUGAAACAGAGCUGGGGAACUGUGAGGUGAUGAGGGAGUCAGCCCAGGGAGGUGGGAAGACCUAGACAACUUGGGACUAGCCUAGGCUCUGUCCCUUGCCAGCUGUUGUCAUCAGAAUUGGGCACUUCUCAGUCAGAUCCUUGGGUCCCCCAUCUCAGAACGCCCAGGUGUUUGGGAGGAUAAGAGCCUGUGUAAAAGGCCCUUGUAGGCAGAAGUUGCCUGGAACUUCAGUGAUAGGUGUCCUUCUCUGAUGGUUCUUUGUUCAUCCCGUAGAUUUACUGAGUGCCCACUAUGCAGAGCCAAAGAAAGGGGCCUAGUCUUAUCUGUCUUCUCAUCUACUCCAUCUGGCACCUUCUUCCUCUUGGGCUCUUCCCUCCACACCUCCAGUCUUCUUCACCUUGUUUAAUCCCAUCCUCUCCACCCUCAAAUGGGCCCAAGUUUUCCUGACAUCAAAGAAACAAACAGAAACUCUGUUCACCCCCCCUUUCCUUCCCUUUGCUGCCAUUAAUGAUUGUUGUGGCCACUUGUUCCAUGUACCCCACCUUAUGAAUUUUACUGCAGGCAGAGCCCACCCUCCUCCCCUCCCCUCCCUCCCCUCAGAUGUAAAGGCUCAAGGGUACUUGUUUGUCCAGCUUCCCCUUGCAACUGGGAUUCAGUUAUGUAACUGUAGCUUCACCAACUGGAUGUACUCAGUCUGUGUGGGAGUUGCGCUGUGUUAGUGGUGGCCGCAGGUACCAGGGUUAGCAGUGGAGGGGUGGUUCUAGUGGCCAGUCCAUUGACAGGGGUGCCCAGUGGUGGCAACAGUGAUGUUUUCAGUGUGACCUUAGAUGUUGUUACUGUCUACUGAGCUUCCAGACCUGGUCUGUGCACCCCUGGAGAGUCUGGGAGCUCCCUAAUAUCAUUCAAGAUCGGUUUCUCAAUAGGGGCACUACUGACACUUUGGGCCAGAUAAUUUUUUGUUGUGUAAGGAGGGCUGUUCUGUGUACUGUAGGGUAUUUAGCAGUAUCCCUGGCCUCUACCCACUAGAUGCCAGUAGCAAUCCCACAGUAUGACAACCAAAAAUGUCUCCAGACAUUGCUAGGUAUCUCCUGGGGGGUAAAACAUCCCUGGUCCUCAUCCCUUCUCCCCCCUUAUCCCAGGCCCACAUCUCCCUCUGCCCUCUCCAGUCAUGGCCCUCAGGGAGAUGCUGUUGACAGCUCCUCCCACUUGACAUGAUCCUCUCAGGCCAUUUUCCUGUUCUUGUCCUGGUUCUCGGCCCUCAGUCUGAGCCUGCUCCAUCUCUUCUUCCUGAUUCCUCUUUUCUUACCUACCCCUUUAAAAGAAGAGUUUUUUGACUUAGUCUUUCUUCUUCACUCUUUUCUUCUUGGACAGCCAUAUCCUCUAACCUUAAAGCUGAUGGCAACUGCCCUGUUACCAUCUGAUAACCCUUAUUGCUUAUGUUUCAGUUUAUCCAAAACCAAACUUAUUUUCCACACCCUAACCCACCGACUGCCCGCCCCCCACUGUGUCAAACAGUGGGGUACUUGCUCUUGGUUAAUCCAUCUGGAAGGCUUCCUGGAGAAAGUGAUAUCUGACCUGAAUCCUGAAAGACUGGGGGAGGAGAGAGAAGGGGAUAGGAACUUGGAGUAAAGGCCUCAAAGGGGAGGAAGACUGGGGGAGGAGAGAGAAGGGGAUAGGAACUUGGAGUAAAGGCCUCAAAGGGGAGGUGUCAGAGGAAGUAAAUGAAAAACCGUAUGCGAAGUUCUCCUGUGACUUGUAGUAGGUGCCCAGUCCAUGGUAGAUAUCAAUGGUCAGCUAGUCCAUUCCCUCCCUUUUCAGAUGAAGAACCCAAGUCCUGAGGUAUGACUUGUCAAAGACUGUUCCACCCCUUAGAGCCGUCCUCUGUCCUCCCAGCCAGAGCAAGGUGCCACCAAGAAAAGAUGUUCAGUUAGGUAGACUUGAGGGCCAGAAGGAGAAUAUCAGUGUUUUGCUGAGGUUUGGGUCCGCGCGCCACCAUUCUUCCACCAUUUCUACUGAGCCUUCAUUUGUGCCCUCUCAGGCCACUUAGCUAGGCACAAUGGCCUCUGGGCCAGUCCAGCUGGGAGCCAUGGGAACAGCUGUAGAGUGGGAAGCACUGUGCCUGCCUCCCUGGCCUCCUGGUGCAUAGGGCAGCCUUCUGCAGGGGGUUACUGCGGCUCUGGAGUGGGAGGGCACUGGACUAAAGUAAGUUGUAUAGGAGUUGUUGCUGCAUCCUGCCAGUCACACAUCAGUGCAAGGAGCCCUGUGAGAGCUACUGAGGCACAGUUGAAGACUGACACCAUCCAGCUCAGUGCUGGGUCCAAAACACGUCACAGGGUUCGGUUUUCUGUUUCUUUCAGGGCGAGACUGAUAUAGUCUAUAUCAACUUCCCUGCAUGUAAACAAUGAAGAGAACAUUCUUGUCUUGCUUUCCCCCAAAAUAAGACACUUUCUUAUUAGCUAUACAUGUUGAUUACAAAAAGUAAUUUAAACAAUACUGAAAUAGGAAGAAGGAAGUAAAAUUCACCCCAAAUCCCACCACUCCCAUAACCACAAUUGACAGCCAGCUAUUGGGCCUUCCAACCUUUUUACCCUUCAGGUGAGCACACAGAUCCUUAUUUUUUUCAAUUACAAUAGCUACCUUUUAUGGCCUUUUACUGUAUGCCGGGACUUAUGCCGAGUGCUGACUGGCACAACUCUUUCUGCCUCAAGAACGUUGUCUAUGUCAUCUGUCCCCUGGCUACACCAGACACAGUUCUCUCCUCAAAAUUUUAGGUUUCAUUUUAAAUGUCACUUCUUCAGAGUCUUCCUGACACCACAAGUCAGGUCCCUUGUUAGUUUUGUCACACACAUUGCUUUUUUUUUUUUUUUUUCAUAACUUGGACCAU